GCCGCCACCGAGUGCUCUUGAUCCGCGCAUGCGUGACAGCGGGUCUGGCCAGGGGGGCGUUCCUUGACCUCCCCUCUAAACGGGCGCCGAGCAAAGGUGGCGUCGAACCGGAGGCGAGGAGCAAGUGGCCGAAGUUAAUCGAUCCCAAGUGCAGUAGUUGAGCCUCCACGUUCCUGCCUGUCAGUCCUCGAAUGCUUCUGAGUUCCAAGUCGUUGGUACCUAGCCUACCGCAUCUAUUCCAUUUUGCUGCAAUGAGCUCCGUAACCGGAACAUACGAGAUGCAGGAACCCCUUAACUACCGAGGGGGAACUCGCACCCAUCCUGUGGAUGGGAACCACCCUGAAGAAGUGUAUGAGCCAGCAACAGGCCGUGUCAUUGGCAAGUUCAUGUGCUCUGGUGAGAAGGAGGUGAACCUAGCUGUUCAGAGUGCCCAGGCCGCAUUUAAAAUAUGGAGUCAGAAAUCGGGCAUGGAACGCAGCACUAUAUUGUUGGAGGCCGCCAGAAUCAUCCGGGAACGGAGGGAAGAAAUCGCUAGAAUGGAAUCCAUCAAUAACGGGAAGUCGAUCUUUGAAGCCCGGGUGGAUAUUGACGUAUCUUGGCAAUGCCUGCAGUAUUACGCUGGGUUAGCAGGCUCCCUGGCGGGUCAGCACAUCCAGCUCCCUGGAGGAUCCUUUGCUUACACCAGAAGAGAACCUCUUGGGGUGUGUGUGGGGAUCGGGGCCUGGAACUACCCUUUCCAGAUUGCCUGUUGGAAAUCAGCCCCGGCUUUGGCUUGCGGUAACGCCAUGGUCUUCAAGCCGUCUCCCUUCACCCCCAUCUCGGUUGUGAUGCUGGCCGAAAUUUACAACGAAGCUGGCGUCCCCAAGGGGCUUUUCAAUGUGGUGCAAGGUGGGGCUGCCACAGGCCAAUUCCUGUGCCAUCACCCGAACGUGGCCAAAGUUUCUUUCACCGGCAGCGUGCCCACUGGCGUCAAGAUCAUGGAGAUGGCAGCCAAAGGGAUCAAGCCAGUUACCCUGGAGCUGGGAGGCAAGUCCCCUCUCAUCAUCUUCGCUGACUGCACCCUGGAGAAUGCUGUGAAGGGUGCCCUCAUGGCCAAUUUCCUCACCCAAGGCGAGGUCUGCUGCAACGGCACCCGGGUGUUCGUGCAACACGCCAUCCUUCCGGCCUUCACCAAGGAAGUCGUAAGGCAGACCCAGAACAUCAAAAUCGGAGACCCCCUGCUGGAAGACACAAGGAUGGGGCCGCUCAUCAACCGUCCCCACUUGGAGAAGGUGCUGAGCUUUAUCAAGCAAGCAAAGGAGCAGGGAGCAGAGGUGCUGUGUGGCGGAGAGCCGUACGUACCAGAUGACCCCAAGCUGCAGGAGGGCUUUUACAUAUCUCCCUGCAUCCUAGGAAACUGUGAGGACAACAUGACCUGCGUAAAGGAGGAGAUUUUUGGGCCCGUCAUGUCCAUUCUGCCCUUCGACACAGAGGAGGAAGUCCUGGAGAGAGCCAACAACACCCGUUUUGGCUUGGCCGGAGGUGUCUUUACCAGGGACAUCAAGCGGGCUCACAGGGUCGUGGCUGGUCUGCAGGCUGGGAUGUGUUUCAUCAACAACUACAACACUAGCCCCGUGGAGCUGCCCUUCGGGGGCUACAAGAUGUCAGGGUUUGGCCGAGAGAAUGGUGAAGCAGCCAUCGAGUAUUACUCCCAGCUGAAGACGGUCUGCGUGGAGAUGGGCGAUGUGGAAUCAGUGUUCUAAUGGCCCUGGUUCAGCCAGCGGUCUCCUGCGAAUAGUCCACGGAAGUGCUCAGUGCCACGGAGAAUGACACGGGCAGGGUCCUUGCAUUUCUGUCUUCCCGCUCCUUUGAAUCCCCCUUUUUUGUUUUCUUCUGCUCUUUCUCUUGUAGCAGAGAAAGAAAAAACAGCUAGCCGGAUGCAGCAGCCUGAUCCCACAGAUCUUCCGUUAGCCUUCCCUCCCACACUGCCUUAGUUCUCAGCUCUAGGAAGCAAAAGGGGAAAGUAUUGGCAGCGUUCCCCUUCGCUGAAGUUGGGGUGGCACGUCUUCCUUCUGAUCUUCCGUUCAGCUGCUGCCUGCGGACCCCCUUUCUCCUCCUGCAGUAGUUGAUGUCAGACCCCCCCCCCCCCCAAAAAAAAAAAAAAGGAUUUCUGCCUUUUCUAUGCAAGCACUUUUGUAUACCAUUUUCUGAAGAAAUAAAGGAGCUGGCCUUGA